UCAGUUCACCGGCUUUUUUGAUUUUGGUCGUUUGGCAGUGAUUUUGCGAGUAUCCCUUGUCUGAGUAUUGUAAAAAUCGGUUAUUUUAUUCUUCGAACUAUAAACUGUGAUCACAACUGUGCUUUUACAACAAAGACUAAAUAUCGUAGCGGAAAAGAAACCAUAUCAUAUAUCUACACCUGUAUAGUAGAAUAAUAUUUACAAAAUUUACGAAGAUAUUGAUACCCACUAGUUAAAUAAACAUGAUUCGAGGAGUCUCGUCGCGUCUCGCCGUACUGAGCAAUGCCACCAAUGCAGUGAAAAAAUCGUGGAGAAAGCAAUGUGUUCAAUUACUAAGUACAAAAAGUCAGUUUAAAUAUUUAGAGGACUCCGUCUUCCCGCCGGAGAAUGGCUUCGAGCAGAAUUCGUUGUAUGGAAAAACUCUCCAAAUACCGCAUACCACUCUGGAGCAGUACGUGUGGGAUAACUUCAGCCAGUGGGCCAACAGAACGGCAGUGGUAUGCGGUGUAACUGGAAGAAGCUACACUUAUGGACAACUUAGAGACCAUUGCGCAGCGCUGGCCAUCCGUUUGCAGCAGAAUUGCAAGCUCACUUUCGGUGAUACGCUGGCGAUUUGUUUACCGAAUCUACCCGAAUUCCCGGUAGUGACAUUUGGGGCAAUGGAAGCGGGUUUGGUCGUAACCACAAUCAAUCCCAUCUAUACUGCUGACGAAAUAAGCAAGCAGUUGAUCGACAGUGAUGCCAAAAUUCUCUUCGGUACAGCAUCGAACUAUUCCGUGCUAAAGCAGGCAACCAAUCUGGCGAACAAGCACAUUCCGAUAGUUUGCGUGCGAACUAGCAUGGAUGAAAAUAUCCCAAAUGGGGCCAUCGAUUUCGCCGAGCUAUCGAAUCCAACUGGAGUACAUUUCAGCAAUCUGCGGCAUCACAACCGGGACCCAGAUGAUGUGUUGUUCCUUCCAUAUUCGUCCGGAACCACCGGUCUACCGAAAGGCGUGGAGCUGACUCACACGAACAUAAUUGCUAACAGCCAGAUGUUGGCUGUUAAAACUGGGUGCUCCACUGUGACGCUGCCAACAACGGAUACUUUCCAGGACGUUCUGCCGUGUGUGUUACCAUUUUUCCACAUCUAUGGAUUAACGGUGACCAUGAUUUCAAAACUGCAGCAAGGUUGCAAACUAGUCACACUUCCAGCAUUCCGCCCCGACACAUUUCUGAACGCCCUAACUGAACAUAAGGGUUCGGUUCUGCAUCUGGUGCCACCGAUUAUCCUUUUCUUGAGUCAUCACGAUAUGGUUAAACCGGAACAUCUGAAGUCAGUUCGAAAUAUAUUCUCUGGUGCCGCGCCCAUGGGCGCCUCUGACGCUGAACGAAUGCUUUCGAAAGCACCUCAAAUUAUGUUUGCUCAAGGCUACGGUCUCACUGAAACGUCUCCAGUUGUACUGUUUGGUGCUAUGGGAUCCAAAAACUAUUCCUCCGUUGGAUCACCUCCACCAAGAACUCAGGCAAAAAUCGUGGCUUUGAACGAUCCAACCAACACGGCACUUGGACCAAACCAGAAUGGUGAACUGCUAGUGAGAGGACCACAAGUUAUGAAAGGAUACCACAACAAUAAGCAAGCCACGGAUGAUAUUUUCACGGAAGGUGGAUGGCUUCGCACCGGCGAUAUCGCUCACUAUGACGACGAUCUACAAUUUUACAUUACCGACCGAUUGAAGGAACUGAUCAAAGUCAAGGGAUUCCAAGUCGCCCCAGCUGAGCUGGAGGAACUGCUUCGAAACCACCCUGCUGUUGAAGAUGCUGCAGUCGUCGGACAGCCUCAUCCCAUCUCCGGUGAAGUUCCCCGGGCAUUCAUCGUAACGAAAAAGAACUCCAAUGUGACUGAAGAUGAUCUGAAAAAUUUCGUCGCUGAAAAAGUAGCGGUUUACAAAAAACUCGAUGGAGGUAUAACCUUUUUGGAUACUAUUCCCAAGAAUGCCUCCGGAAAAAUUCUGCGGCGUCAACUCAAAGAAGAGUAUUGUUCUUGAAUAGGUCAUGAUUAGAUUUAAGUGUUAUACUUAAGAUUUGGCAAUGAUUUUAGUACUUCAUACAUAACUGUCAUUCCUUGCGCUGCAGAUAAAAUACUAUCACACAUGUAUCUAUAUCUCAUAAAUUCCAUAAGCCGCUAGACAGUCUAUCUGAUUAACUUAUACUCGGUAACCUAAGGUACGUAGAAUCAAAGCAGUGUUUUAGAUGUGAUUGUUGUGCUAAUUUUUAAGUUAAUUAUUUUCUGAGGCUGUCUCCAGUGGGAACAACUCAGCCAGCAGAAUUUUGAUAUUGAGUAUGUAGCAGUGCGAAUACCGGUUUGUGAAGCAUUUUCAUGGUUAUGUAACUGCAUACAUUUUACAGUAAACCAAUCUUUUAGAAACUG